AUGUCACGCUGUCCGGCCUUUGCCUCGUUUCAACUUUCCAAAGUCACACAUACCAUCGAUAAAAUCUUGAGCGCUAUCAUGAGCAACCGCCAUCAAGCAAUAAUUCCCAAAACUCCGAUGCGCAGGUCACACCGGAAGGCCCGGACAGGGUGUCUAGUCUGCAAAAGGAGGCGGAUCAAGUGCAAUGAAGGCAAGCCAGGGUGCCAAAACUGCCUUCAUUUUGGCGUUGAUUGUUCGUACUCGCAGCUCUCGCCUACUAUUCCUGAUCAAGGCUGGAAAUUUCUCAUCAACGGAGGCCCUGGGCCGCACCAGGGGCGUGGCCGGCCGAGGUCGUCCAACUGGCCGACAAGCACCUUGACCUUGUCUAAAUCACCCUUGUGUGCCUCUGAUUCCCGAGCAUUCCCGCCCUACUCUCCAGAAACCAUUCGAUGUUAUAGUCUAUUGCUUGACUGCCUGACAUGGUCUGGUGAAGCAGCUGUUGUUAGUUCCCGUGAAGACGUUGCUGCAAAGUUUUCCGGACCGUUACUCAGAGUUCUGCAUCCUGUUGUCUUGGACUUCUGUCGGUGCUCUAUCGCUUCUCACCUUGCACGCCUGCGACCACAGCAAAAGAGUCACUUUCAGGGAAUGGCAAGACGCCUCUCCUCUUCAGGCAUUCGCGGUCUGGUUGCGAUGCUACCUUCCGUUGACGUGGACAACUGCCAUGCGGUUUUUGCUGCGGCUGUGCUCGUGUCUAUCACCACACUGGCAUAUGGGCCGCAGCCAGGUGAAUACCUUCUCUUUUGUAACAGCGGCUUUCCCUUGUGGCUUGGACUGUUCCAAGGCAUUAAGUCUGUCCUCGGCGGGGUAGGGGCCAGCCAGGUAUUCUCCGGGCCAUUGUCAGGCUUCUUAUGCCGACCAGAGCGAGUCGAUAAGCCAUAUGCAUCAAGAAGACACCUUCGAUAUGUGGACUGGGCUGGCCAAUUCAAUAAUCUACGAACAUACGUAGAAACUAGCGAUAGCCUCUAUCGUACAGAAAAUUUGGAAGCCCUUGAAAGCUUGCAAAUGUGCUACGAGGCAAUCUGGGGCCGGCCAGACGGAACGUGUAAUAGCCACACCAAAAACCAAAUGGUCUUUAUAUGGAUAUAUUAUUUGCGAGACGACUUUGUUCGGCGCUUGCAGGAGAAAAUGCCAAUUCCUCUCCUGAUCUUCGCUUAUUUCACAAUUCCAAUGAAGACAUUGGAGAAUUUCUGGUUUAUCUCUGGUUGGCCAGAUCAUAUUCUGUCAGGAAUCCAGGCUGCAAUUGAUGAAGCUCAUUAUCCAUGGUUGCAAUGGCCAUUGCAAGUCCUCGAAGAUAUGGGAUAG